GCUCAAGACGUAUGCCAACUUCCCAGAAGCACCUCAGGAGGAGGCUUCUCUCAGCCAUAGGCUCAAGACGUAUGCCAACUUCCCAGAAGCACCUCAGGAGGAGGCUUCUCUCAGCAAUAGGCUCAAGACGUAUGCCAACUUCCCAGAAGCACCUCAGGAGGAGGCUUCUCUCAGCAAUAGGCUCAAGACGUAUGCCAACUUCCCAGAAGCACCUCAGGAGGAGGCUUCUCUCAGCCAUAGGCUCAAGACGUAUGCCAACUUCCCAGAAGCACCUCAGGAGGAGGCUUCUCUCAGCAAUAGGCUCAAGACGUAUGCCAACUUCCCAGAAGCACCUCAGGAGGAGGCUUCUCUCAGCCAUAGGCUCAAGACGUAUGCCAACUUCCCAGAAGCACCUCAGGAGGAGGCUUCUCUCAGCAAUAGGCUCAAGACGUAUGCCAACUUCCCAGAAGCACCUCAGGAGGAGGCUUCUCUCAGCAAUAGGCUCAAGACGUAUGCCAACUUCCCAGAAGCACCUCAGGAGGAGGCUUCUCUCAGCCAUAGGCUCAAGACGUAUGCCAACUUCCCAGAAGCACCUCAGGAGGAGGCUUCUCUCAGCAAUAGGCUCAAGACGUAUGCCAACUUCCCAGAAGCACCUCAGGAGGAGGCUUCUCUCAGCAAUAGGCUCAAGACGUAUGCCAACUUCCCAGAAGCACCUCAGGAGGAGGCUUCUCUCAGCAAUAGGCUCAAGACGUAUGCCAACUUCCCAGAAGCACCUCAGGAGGAGGCUUCUCUCAGCCAUAGGCUCAAGACGUAUGCCAACUUCCCAGAAGCACCUCAGGAGGAGGCUUCUCUCAGCAAUAGGCUCAAGACGUAUGCCAACUUCCCAGAAGCACCUCAGGAGGAGGCUUCUCUCAGCAAUAGGCUCAAGACGUAUGCCAACUUCCCAGAAGCACCUCAGGAGGAGGCAUCUCUCAGCAAUAGGCUCAAGACGUAUGCCAACUUCCCAGAAGCACCUCAGGAGGAGGCUUCUCUCAGCAAUAGGCUCAAGACGUAUGCCAACUUCCCAGAAGCACCUCAGGAGGAGGCUUCUCUCAGCUAUAGGCUCAAGACGUAUGCCAACUUCCCAGAAGCACCUCAGGAGGAGGCUUCUCUCAGCAAUAGGCUCAAGACGUAUGCCAACUUCCCAGAAGCACCUCAGGAGGAGGCUUCUCUCAGCAAUAGGCUCAAGACGUAUGCCAGCUUCCCAGAAGCACCUCAGGAGGAGGCUUCUCUCAGCAAUAGGCUCAAGACGUAUGCCAACUUCCCAGAAGCACCUCAGGAGGAGGCUUCUCUCAGCAAUAGGCUCAAGACGUAUGCCAACUUCCCAGAAGCACCUCAGGAGGAGGCUUCUCUCAGCAAUAGGCUCAAGACGUAUGCCAGCUUCCCCGAAUCACCUCAGGAGGAGGCUUCUCUCAGCAAUAGGCUCAAGACGUAUGCCAACUUCCCAGAAGCACCUCAGGAGGAGGUUUCUCUCAGCAAUAGGCUCAAGACGUAUGCCAACUUCCCAGAAGCACCUCAGGAGGAGGCUUCUCUCAGCAAUAGGCUCAAGACGUAUGCCAACUUUCCAGAAGAACCUCAGGAGGAGGCUUCUCUCAGCAAUAGGGAGAAGUCUCAUGGUUUUUCUCGAGUUGUGGCGGGGACCUGGGGUAUGUUCUCGACUUACGGCGGGGAUGGCCCUUCAAAACACGAGUUUCUUUAG